CGGUGCCGGCGCGUGGCGGAGUGUGGCUGCGGGCCCGGGCGCGAGGGAGCGCGGCGGCGGAGGAGGACGAGGAGGCGCCUUCAUGAUGUCCAAGUCUUCGACAGCAUCAAAAAUGUCAUCCCAAGAGGAAAUACUGAAGGAUGGGCGGUUUAGCUGCGUUGCGAGGGAUCCCAGAUUUUGGGAGAUGCCAGAAAAAGAACGUAAAAUCAAGAUUGACAAACGAUUCCGAGCCAUGUUUCAUGACAAGAAGUUUAAGCUGAAAUAUACAGUGGAUAAAAGAGGUCGCCCUGUUAACUAUACUUCUACAGAGAACCUCAGGAAAUUUUAUGCCCUGUCAGAAUCUGACUCUGGCCUUUCAGAAGAUGACAGUAAAGAAGAAGCUGAAAAGAAAAAAAAGAAAAAAAAAGCUAAACCUAAAGGAGAUGCAAAACUACUUGCUGAGGAUCUCCCUAGGGAGAAGAGCAAAAUAAAGAAAGGAGGAGUGGACCAAACACCUGAAGGGAUGACAAAACUAGAUGACCUUAAACGUGAAGGACAAAAAAGAACAUCUAAAUUGAACUUGAAAGAGGACUCUAAGAAAACGACAACAGAAGUUGUUGGCUCUCAGGGAAAGAAAGGCCUUCUACACAAAGGGGAUAAUGAGCAAGGAGGAAGAUCAAUUUCAGUUCAAAACAAGCAAAAGUUUACACAACCAAGAGGUGCUAAAUCAGUUAAAGCUCCCAGGAAUGACCAUUCCCUAGGAGAAAAAAGAAAAGAAUCAGUGACUGUACACACAGACACCUGUGAUCAACGUGACAUCAGUAAAAGCUACUCAGUGGAAGAACUGGAAGAAGAGGAGCCAGAAGAUGAGGGAGAAACAGAUGAGGAAGAAGAGCCAGAAGAUGACAGGGAAACAGGCGAGGAAGAGGAGCCAGAAGAUGAUGGGGAAACAGAUGAAGAAGGCAGUGAUUCAGAAGAUGAUGAAGAAAGUGAUAGUGGGCCUGAUCUAGCUAGAGGCAUAGGGAACAUUGAAACGAGCUCAGAGGAUGAUGAGGACUUAAAUGACUUGUUUCCAAAGGAGCCAGAGAUAGAGCAUUCGUGGCGUGAGCUAGAUAAAGAUGCCCCUCGUGGAGAUGAGGUUACAAGUCGAUUGGCAGUUUGUAAUAUGGAUUGGGAUAGGUUGAAAGCUAAGGAUUUGCUGGCUCUGUUUAAUUCUUUCACACCCAAAGGAGGAAGAGUAUUUUCUGUUAAGAUUUUUCCUUCGGAGUUUGGAAAAGAGAGAUUGAAAGAGGAAGAGCAAAAAGGACCUGUGGAACUGUUUGAUCUUCCAGAGAAUACCACAGAGAAUGAUGGGCUUUAUAGGGAAAAACUCCGGGAGUAUCAGUUUAAGCGACUAAAAUACUACUAUGCAGUUGUAGAAUGUGAUUCUCCUGAAACAGCCAAUAAAAUUUAUGAGGAAUGUGAUGGACUGGAAUUUGAAAGCAGCUGUUCUUUCAUAGAUCUGAGAUUUAUUCCAGACAGUGUUACAUUUGAUGAUAUGCCUAAAGAUGCAGCCUCAGAAGUGAACGUAGCUGUAUAUAAGCCAAAGUACUUCACAUCUGCUGCUAUGGGAACAUCAAAGGUAGAUAUCACAUGGGACGAGACAGAUCAUGAACGAGUAACAUCACUUAGCAGAACUUUUAAAAAGGAGGAACUUCUUGACAUGGAUUUUCAAGCUUAUUUGGCUUCGUCUAGUGAAGAAGAGGAGGAACAGCAGCAAGGUGGUGAUGUACCUCAUGAAGUGCAAGAUGACAAACCCAGGAAAAGUCAAAAAGAUGAUGAAGAGCAAAUUGCCAAGUACAGAGAACUUUUGCAAAGUAUCCAAGAAAAAGAGAAAAAACAGGAAGAAAAGGAUAUAGGGAUGGAGAUUAAAUGGGUUCCAGGCCUCAAAGAAACUGCUGAAGAAAUGGUUAAGAACAGGUUGGAAGGAAAGGAUAACCUAACUCCAUGGCAAAAAUAUCUGGAGAAGAAGAAAGAAAAACGAAUUCUAAAAAAAAAGAGAAAGGCUACUGCUGAGACAGAACAGAGUGAAGAUGAACUUCCAUCUGAUGUUGAUCUCAAUGACCCAUAUUUUGCUGAAGAACUUGAGAAAACAGGCUUAAAGAAGAAGUCAGAAUCAGUUGUAAGUACCUCAGAAGAUGAAGAUGAAGUUGAAAAACAGAAGGCUGAAAUGGCCCUACUUAUGAUGGAUGAUGAUGAUGAUACCAGAAAACAUUUUAAUUAUAAAAAGAUUGUAGAACAACAGAAUUUGAGCAAGAAGAAGAAGAAACUCUUAAUGAAAAAGAAAGAAUUACUAGAAGAUGACUUCCAGGUAAAUGUUGCCGAUACAAGAUUCCAAGCCAUGUUCACGUCUCCUCUGUUUAAUUUGGAUCCUUCAGAUCCUAAUUUCAAGAAGACAAAAGCUGUAGAAAAGAUUUUGGAAGAAAAAGCUCGCCGAAGAGAAGAAAAGGAGCAAGAUCUUAGGGAAGCAAGCAAGGGGCAGGAGAACAAGAUGACAAAGAAAGGACAAGUUCCUAAGAAAGCCAUAGAUCCUGCCUUGUCAAUGCUAAUCAAAUCUGUCAAAAAUAAAACUGAAGAAUUUCAGGCAAGGAAAAAGCAGAAAUUCAAAUAACUGAACUUUGUUUUUACCUAGAUUUUACUUUAGUCUCAGUUGUUUUAACUGGCGACAUUGAUUAGAGGUACUACAGCCUCCUCUGAUUCCUAUCCAUUUAAUAUUUCAAAAAAACCCACCUAAUUCUGGUGGUGAGUUUUGAAAUAACUAGAGUACUAAUUGUUGUUUCUUUCUGCUACAACAAAUACUGUUCUGUACAAUUCUUGAAAAGCUAUACCUUGAAUACACAUAGGCAGGGAAUUAAUGAUUUUGGGGAAGUUUGGUUUGUAUCAUGCUGUCUCUUAAAGAUAAUAGAAGUGCUGAGGAUGGCUACAAAGUUAGUGAUGAUUAUGGUUGUAUGUAUAAAUAAAAACCCACUUUUGCAGAGGUUUAGAGCUGAGACUAAAUAGUCUUAAUUUUUAUAAUUCCACAGAAGUCUCUAAAGUGUAUCUCUAUUGAUAAGAAGAUAGUAAUAUAACUUAAAAUUGAAUAAAUUUUGUAUACAGGGGGUUUUGUAUAUUUUUAAAAUUUUCAAUAAUGCUUCGUUAAUUUUUCCUUUAAAUACUUGAAGACUUCCGAGAUAAUACAAGAUAAUACAAGAAAAUUGCCAUUCAGAAGUGUUUCAUUACUGUAUAUUGGAAAUAAAUUGUUUAAAUUGGCCCAACAGAAUUUUGGGCACUUA